AACAGUAAACGGUUGAAAUUUGCUUCACCCGCCUCGAUUGACGUCUACGUGAUGACUCUGUCCAUAUCUUUUACUGUGUGGUGAUAACAAUGCCACUGCAGUCUUCAUUCAUAGUCUGAUGUACAGUAUAGCCUAAUACUGCACUGUCAUGAAUUUGCACUGAGCUGAUUUUCCUUUCAACUACAGGAUGAUUCCGUAUUUUACGGAACGGUUGGCAACCUGAAAAUUUAUUGUAAUGUAAAAGCUGGUUUCUAGCUUUUUUAACAGUGAAGUCUGAGGAACAAAAGUGCAAAGAACAUCUUGUGUUUGCAUAUGCUGGUUGCUUUAGUUUCCUUCUUCCUCAUUGUGCAAAAUCUGAAACAGUGGCAUCAUUUCAUUCAGCAUAAAGAUGAAGAUGACAAGAGUUCAGUCCUGCUGGAGUAGGGCCUUGGUCUGUGUUGUGGCCUUCCUCUUCAGCUGUGUGAUAUUCAAGAGGUACCACUACCUGGUCGUCCCACUGGACUCCAAAUCAUCACCUUUCCACCAGACACACACACAUCCUCUGUUGUCCAACAUAUUUAACAGUGGCACUCCCUCACCACCAGUGCCCCCCCCAUGCUCUGGCAAUGACAGCACAGAGGUCAUUCCAUCACACCUGCCCCAGUCAUACCAGGAAUUCUUACGCUACAGACAUUGCCGGACAUUCCCAAUCCUAUUGACCCCUUCACCUUGUGAGGAUGACCUCUAUCUACUGUUGGCCGUGAAGUCCACAGCUAUGCAUGUCGACCGCCGUGCUGCAGUGCGGAACACCUGGGGUAACGCAGGUAAAAUCCAGGGUCGACGAGUUAAGCUGGUCUUCCUGAUGGGCCGCUCACAUGACCUGGUGCAGGGUCACGACCUUCAGCCACUGCUGCAGAGGGAGAGCAAUCGCUAUGGGGACAUCUUGCAGUGGGACUUUGUGGACAAAUUCUUGAACCUGACCAAGAAGGAGGUAGGAUUCCUCAGUUGGUUCUCGCGUAUGUGCAACAGCACGCAAUUUGUGUUAAAGGGCGACGAUGACGUGUUUGUGAACACAGAGAAUCUGGUUGAGUUCCUGACACACCACAAACCUGUGAAUCACCUGUUUGUAGGAUACAUCCAUGACUCUGAGUUGCCCAUCAGAGACAGAAACUCAAAGUAUUUUGUCCCUGUUGAGAUGUACCCAGCCGGUAAGCUCUAUCCACCCUUUCCGAGUGGCGGUGGAUAUCUGAUGUCACAGCAGACUAUGUUGAGACUGGAUGUGGCGGCCCAGAAGGUGAAGCUGUUCCCACUCGAUGAUGUCUUUUUGGGAUUGUGCUUGCAGAAAAUGGGUGUGAGCCUCACACACCAUAGAGGUUUUCUGACAUUUGGCAUCAGAAAUGACCUAAAGCAUCCCUGUGUAUAUCGUGAAAUCAUGCUGGUGCACCAGAUGAACCCAGUAGAGAUGCAGCUCAUGUGGUUGUUGAUGCACCAUGUCAGUUGUUGACAGUCCACCAUGUGGAAGUUGAGGGGAAACACUUUGAGCCUGUGGAAUGACAAAAAAACUAAACUAAAACUAUAAAGUCUCAUAAAUGUCUUUAAACAGCCUAAGGGGGACAAAGUCUGAUGGAUAGGCAGGGAAUUUAAUUUGGCCAAUGAUAUCCUUUAGAAGAGAAAGUGUGACACAUAUAAAUUAGCUAAAGACAGAAAGUUAGACUAGCCAGCCAAGAUGCAAAGAUUGAAGAAAUUAGUUCUUCUAUCCACCGAAUUCAUUGUAUA